AUGUGCAGGUGUUUUGUAGGUGUAGGGGUUGGUUAUCACAGAAUUGCACAGAGCGGCACAGCGAUCACUUACGCGGCUACAGCGACACUGACAGACUCAGACACACCCCGCUUGCUGCCGACCCACCCCCCACCCCCUCACACAGCCACCCGGCCAGUUCAUGCGUGUAAUGGUGACCCAGAAACAUCUUGGACAAGUGCAUAUCAGCAUCAUACACCUUAUAGCUAUGCAUACUUGUUGAAAGACUCUGAGGAUCAGCACACACAACUGAGAGUGUAUCGAGGACAGGACGCUGCCAAACAUUUUGUAAAAAGCAUGAACGAUGAUAUACAAUUCAUAGACAAGAUUUUGUUCGGCGACAAGAAGCUUCAAGUACCUAAGCUUACGCAGAACGAACAGGAAGACUUCGAUGCUGCUACUGCCUGCCACGUUUGUAACAAAGGAAACUUUACCCAGGAAAACUGCAAGGUAAGAAAUCAUUGUCAUAUCAGUGGAAAAUAUUUUGGAGUCGCCCAUAGACACUGCAAUCUGUUUUAUCAAGAUCAACACUAUGUGCCCUGCUUUAUCCACAACCUGUCAGGAUAUGACUCUCAUUUUAUCGUCAGAGAACUGGGCUAUGACACAAAUGAAAUUAAAGUUAUACCCAACACUGAAGAAAAGUACAUCUCAUUUUCAAAAAUGGUUAAAGUCAAACAUGCCAAAAAUAAUGUGAUGGAAUUGAGAUUUUUAGAUUCCUAUAGAUUUAUGCAGGAUAGUCUUAGCAACUUGGCAAAUAACCUACCAAAGUCAGAUUUUAUUGAAACAAAAAGACAUUUUCCUGAAAAUACCGAACUUCUAACAAAAAAGGGGGUAUUCUGCUAUGACUACAUGACUUCAUUCGACAAACUCGAAGAACGGCAACUUCCACCAAAGUCUGCAUUUUACAGUAGACUUAGUGAAGAGGAGAUAAGCGAUGAAGACUACAGUCAUGCAGAAAACGUGUGGAAAAAUUUCAAUAUAAAAACAUUAGGAGAGUAUUCUGACAUGUACGUAAAAUGUGAUGUCUUGAUUCUGUGUGAUGCCUUUGAAAAUUUCCGCAAAACCUGUCUAAUGACAUAUAACUUAGACCCUGCUUACUACUUUACUACACCAGGACUGGCAUGGGAUGCAAUGUUGAAAUAUACAGGCAUUCAACUCGAAAUCAUUAAGGACAUGGACAUGUUUUUGAUGGUUGAGAAGGGUAUCCGAGGUGGGAUCACACAGUGUAUCAAACGUCUCUCCGUAGCCAACAACAAGUAUAUAUCAAAAGACCCUAAUGUGCCCAGCAAGUAUUUAAUCUAUCUUGACGCAAAUAACUUAUAUGGGGAAGCAUUAAGUCGUCAUAUCCCUUAUGCUGGGCUCAAGUGGUGUGAUGAUUUAGACAUUGAUAUUGAGUCCAUACCCGACGACGCCGAUGAGGGAUAUAUACUUGAAGUUGACCUGGAAUAUCCACAAACGCUACACGACGACCAUGCUGAUCUACCUUUCUGUGCAGAGACAAAAGUGCCACCUGGAGGUGUACAUAAGAAACUUUUAACGACAGUUGAAGACAAAGAAAAAUAUGUGAUACAUUAUGUAGCUCUAAAACAAGCAUUGAGUCAUGGAUUGAAGUUGAAAAAGAUUCAUCGUGCAAUUCAAUUCCAACAAAAAGACUGGCUCAAACCUUUCAUUAAUCUAAACACUGAAAAGAGAAAAAAUGCAUGCAACGAAUUCGAGAAAGACUUUUACAAAUUGAUGUCCAAUGCGAUAUAUGGAAAGACGAUGGAACAGGUUCGAAACAGACUCGAUAUAAGGUUAGUGUCAGAUCCCAAAAAGGCUGAAAAACUUAUUUCAAAGCCCAACUUUAUCGAUCGAACCGUCUACAAUGAAAACUUGGUAGGCAUUCACAUGGGAAAGACAAAAAUUGUAUUAAACAAACCAAUUUAUAUUGGUAUGAGUAUUUUAGAUUUAAGUAAAGUGCGAAUGUAUGACUUUUAUUACGAAGUAUUGAAGCCAUUUUACGGAGACAGAGUGAAACUUUGCUACCAGGAUACCGACUCUUAUUUUCUUGAGAUUGAGACAGUAGAUUUGUACGAAGACUUAAAAUUGCUUCAAAAACAUCUUGACACCAGCAACUAUCCCAAGGACCAUCCUCUGUUUUCAGAGGAAAACAAAAAAGUUCUUGGGAAGUUUAAGGAUGAAUUAGGUGGUGAAGUGAUGAAAGCCUUUGUAGGACUACGAAGUAAGGUGUACGCCAUAGACAAGAGAGACAGUCCCAUCAAAAAAGUCAAGGGAAUCAAAAAAUCUGUUGUGAAAAAUAAAAUAAAAUUUGAAGACUACGUCCAGUGUCUGUAUUCUCGUGAGUCUACCUACACUAUGAACAACAUAAUCUCAUCAAAGAAGCAUAUCGUUUCAACUGUUGCCAUAAACAAGGUGACUUUGAGUGCUGACGAUGACAAGAGAUACAUUCUACCAGACAAAAUCAACACACUUCCAUACGGCCAUUAUCGACUUCAGGAGGAACCACCAUUGAAAAGAAGAAAACUAACUGUUUAG